CCUCAGUUUUCCACUUCCUCCUCCCUCUUCAUUCCUCCUCCCCAAGUAAUCCAGAAAAGCAGUUUCCAUUUAAAUCCCACCCCAAAAAACCAUCCAAAACCACAAAACCUUUCUCAAAUUCUCAACAACUCCCAUUUUUUCUUUCUGGGUUUUUCUUCUAGCUCUUGAAUCUCAAAUCUUUACGCAAAAUUUCCACAGAAAUGUAUUCGUUUCGGUACUUUUGGUUGUAUAGUUUGUUUGGUUAGUUUGCGUUCUCAAAAAUCUGCCGACUCUUCUUCUUUCAUUUCGUCUUGUGUUUUGGAUUUAUUCUUUUUGCUUAACCCCCACGAAACUCCUAUACAUGAACACCUUUUAGAUUUUAAUUGGUUUCUGUUUUUUUUCUUCUUCAGAUUGUAAAAAUCACAGUAGGUUUCGAUUCAGUUGUUGUAGUUUUCUUCUGGGUUUUGGUUGCAAUGGAGUACAGCAAUGAUGAUACGAAUCUUUCUUCUGGAAAUUCAUCGGAAGACGAACUCAGCGAUCAAUUCACCGAUUCGGGUACCACCGACUCUGCCUCAGAGACCGUCCAGUCGUCCAUCUCCGACUGUGAAAGCGUUGUCGAUUCGGGUUCUUCAAGUUCCCGGAAUCAACCUCGGCCAUUCGGUGAUGGGUUGGUCCCGCUUUUCGACGGGGACAGAGUUCACGACCUUAUCAAGCAGCGGUUCGUUUCGAGUUUGGGAUUGCUUGGGACCCAAGUAAGUGUUGUGGCGGUUCACAGAAACUCCUACUCGAGCCUCGUGGGUCAAGCAAGGCUGCGUUCGUUUCAAAUUUACUUGAAAGCGGUGGAGGAGAAGUGCGGGGGAAAUCCCAACAUGAAGUACGCUUGGUACGCGCCCUAUUCGAAAGAUGAGAUUUCGAAGAUCAUAUGCCAUGGUUUCGGCAACUUUGAGCAGCAACAGAGAAAUGGGGUGUAUGGCAAUGGUGUUUAUCUUGCUCCAGAUGAUUCUCCUAUGCAAUGUAUGGAAAGCUUGAAUGUUGACGAAGACGGUUUACGCCAUCUUUUGCUCUGCCGUGUCAUAUUGGGGAGGCCGGAGGUUGUGUGCCCUGGCUCUAAACAGCUUCAUCCGAGCUCCGAACAGUUCGUUUCGGGCAUCGACAGCAUCUUUGCUCCCAAAAAGUACAUAGUUUGGAGUACACACAUGAACACUCACAUCUUGCCGGAGUAUGUCAUCAGUUUCAGAGCUCCUAAUUGCUUGAAAGAUUUCUUGAAGAUUCAAGAACCAAUCAAGAAACCGACUUCACCGUGGAUGCCAUUUCAGGCGCUAAUCGGCGUGCUUUCGAAGUUCUUGCCUCCACCUACCAUUGCCUUGAUCAGCAAGUAUUACAAAGAACACAGAGCGAAUGUGGUCACAAGGCAACAACUAAUACAAAAAGUGAGACAAAUUGCAGGAGACGAGUUGCUGGUUUCAAUUAUCAAAUCUUUUAGAGCCAAGCAAAUCAAACCACUGCAAGGGGUUGCUCAAAAUGGAGGCAGGAGUAGGAUGGACGGUGUAGAUGCGCCAAUUUUCUUUUGAUGAUGAUGAUGAUGGAAGAGUGAACAGUUCGGGAUCAAUACGGUGCAGAUCAAAGUGACAUAGUGUAACCACAAGUGAGGGGAUCCUGCAGAGAUGCCUCAACUGGGAUUUCCCUUAGUUUAUACCUAAUGUUCUUAUCUUUUCUUUUUUUUUUUCUUUCUAAUUUUCUCCUAAUCAUGCAACGGAUCUUGUACUGGUUCGAACGGUAUUGUCCAGAAUUAAUGGCUGAGGUUUGAGGAUGAUAUAUUCUUCUUUUUAUUUUU